GUAGGCAACAGCACAAUUACUACAGUUUCAAAUAGACUCAAAAUUACCCUAAUAAUCCAAUUAAAACUCCCGAACUCUCUCCGAGUCAAAUUCUCUUCAUUUGAUUCACAGAUGUGGACUUAGACAAAGAGCAUUUGUGGGAUUCUGGAUUGGAACUUAUUGUCGGGUAAUGGAUAAUACUUCUGUUGGUAGUGGGUUCUUGCUGGGUCCGAGUGUAGGUUUUAUUGACCUUGAGUCUCCGGUUCAGCAGCGUCAGCAGUCUCAGUUGGGUCAGUCGUCGACUCAACAUCAAAUGCCGUCUACUAUGAAUAUGUUAGGAGGCAAUGACGAUGAUCGGUCGAUUAGAUUCAUGGAUGGGAAAGGUCUCAACCCCAAGAGUUUCUCAAUGAGUUUUGGAAGAGGCAAUGUUGCAUGUGUUAAUGCUGUGAAUCAUCACAGUGUGAGUGAGGAGGAUGAGCCGAAUUUUGAGGAUGGGAAUGGAGAGAAUUCUAGUGGGGCCAAGGGAAAAAAGGGGUCGCCGUGGCAGCGAAUGAAAUGGACGGAUAUGAUUGUGAGGCUUUUGAUACAAGUGGUUGCUUGUGUUGGUGAUGAUGGCAGUCUGGAUGGUUUUAAGGGGACGAAAAGGAGCUCUGGUAUGUUACAAAAGAAGGGGAAAUGGAAAACUGUUUCGAAGAUAAUGAUAAGUAAAGGGUGUUAUGUUUCACCUCAGCAGUGUGAAGAUAAGUUUAAUGAUUUGAACAAGAGAUACAAGAGAUUGAAUGACAUUCUUGGAAGGGGAAUGUCUUGUAGAGUGGUAGAAACCCCUUCUCUUAUGGACUCAAUGCCACAACUCUCUAGUAAGAUGAAGGAGGAUGUCAAGAAAAUCUUAAGCUCAAAGCAUUUGUUUUACCAGGAAAUGUGUGCUUACCAUAAUGGACAACCGAUACCCAACUGUGCUGAACUUGAUUUGCAAACUCAUUCUUUACCGAAUGUUCAAUGUUCAAAAGAGAAUAAUGUUUCAGAGGCAGAAGCUGAAGAAGAUUCUGAAGAUGAUGAUGGUGACUCUGACAGUGAAAACGAUAAUCCUGCUGAUCAAGAUUUUGAGACAUUUGGUAGAGCAAAUGCACAUGAAGAUGGAUUCCAAGCUGAGGUAGCUAGAUUUUUUGAAGACCCGACAAAGUCAAAAUGGGAACAAACAGUGUGGGCCAAAAAGAAAAUGCUGGAACUACAAGACCAGCGAGUUAGCAUCCAAGCUGAGUCUUUUGAGCUGCAGAAACGACGCUUCAAGUGGGAGAGGUUUUGUGAGAAAAAGAACACGGAGUUGGAGAUUUCAAAGUUAGAGAAUGAGAGGAUGUUGUUGGAGAAUGAACGAAUGGCAAUGCAGCUGAAGCAUAAAGUAGUGGAGAUGGACUCAGGAAAUCAAGGACCGUCAGUCAAUCAGAUACAUAACCCCAACAGACAACAAGUAAAAAAUCAGAUUGAUUUAGGCAGACAUUUAUAGUUUUAUGAAGUUGCUUAUGUUCUUUUAUUUUAUAUAUAAUAACAUCCUUAUUUGUAUCCUGGGAAAAAACUACCAAGGUGUGCAGUAGCAUAUGAAGUGCAUCAAAUCCCAAGAUUCACAUUCAGUGUACUAGAGUUCAUUAGACUGUGUGUAUUCAUCUUGUUGAGAGUUCUCUCGUGUAAAAUUUAGCAAGAUUGAUUAUCAUGUUUUUUUUUAAAAAAAUUCUAUUGCAUUUUGGCA